AUGUCGAGUUCAAAGGCCGAAGCCACACUGUGUCUUGUGAAGUUGAUCAGCCCUUCUCGAGCCUUCGAGAUGGCCACUCUCGAGCUGAAGUCAUCCGCAGAUGGUCCAGUAGGAAGAGCUGUUGGAGUGGAGGAAGCUGCCGCUUGGGCACUCUCCCAUAUGAAUGAUGGUGAUGCCGGCCCUGCACAGGACUCGGCCCUCACAGCUAGUGCUGCAGCAAUGGGAACUCAACAGAAGCAGGUCCAUAGAUUCAUCGCUGAGCUGCAAGGGACGGAGGAGGAGGCAUGUGCGGCUCUGAAGACAGCAGUAUACCGCUGCCGUCAGGGAGACUAUGCUGCACUUACGCGUUACAUUGCUCUAUCUCCGGUAUGCGAGGAGCUCUUUGCAUUGGCUGAGAGGAAGAAACAAUCAGAUGGGAGGACCAUAGGGACGACCACGCUGUUCCUCGUAGAGCUACUAGGAUGGACCUUGCUGGCAUGUGUUGACAACAGAUUCCCAAGUUCCUCGGCGACUGGAAACGCCGUGUGCAGGGGAGUUCUCAGCUCCUCUACGAUGUUCGCCUCUCGCUGUCUCUUCUCUGUAUUAAACACCUCCAGAGACUGGGCCCUCAUAGGCGCUUUGAGGCUCCUUAGAGGGCUCUUCUCGUUCUCCCCUAGAGUGGCUCUCCAAGCUAGUACUGCUGUAGCCACCUGGACUGUUACCCGUGACAGCAAGGGGACUGCUGCUAAUGAUACAGUAGAGCAUGGAUGGAAAGCUCUCUCGAGGCUGCUUGGCCGGCGUCGAGUCACGGCCGAAGGUGACACAGUACGGGAACAAGGCCUCCUGCUUACAGUGGCUAUCCUGAAGGCAGCUGAAACCAAUAAGGAUCUUGCAGCUCAGCUGGUCCUGCACCCCAUGUGGCGACCGUUCCUGAGUCGAGCCCUGGCUGGCAGUGGCAACGAGGGCUGCGUAGUUCCCCAGCGUCGAGACCAAGAGGAAAGCGGCUCGAGAGAUAGUGGUGCUGCUCUGGAGAGGAUGCGGCAGGCUGAGGUUGCAGUACUCGAGGCACUUGGCCGCUUUCUGGCCAAUUCUAAGGUGAGUUUCCCUCAAGAUUUCAACCUCAAGAAUGGCCGUAUCGUUCAGUCACGGAAGAGUCGCUUAUUCACGGACCAGGAGUUCUUCCUUCCCCGGUUGUCCCGAGUGGUGGUCGAGGCCACUGAGGAGUCAGUGAUGGACGCUGCCGAGGCCCUCUGGACGGCCAUUGCCACCAACCAUGCCCUCUGGGAAGGGGACAUGGAAGGCCUCGGGGCAGCUCUGGCAGCAAUGAAACCUCCUUGUGACUCCCAAACCAAUAUCCUCGUGGGAGCUCUCUCUUCGCACAAGUCUGCUGUUCUCUGGCACACUAUAGCGGAUAAGUGCUCGCUGGCUUUGGCACCGAGUCCUUCCCUACGAUGGCUGGCGGCUGUGUCAUCUGCUGUGGAGUUAUUGGAUGAUCCCACGCCUUGCGGGCCGCCUUACUUACCUGCAUGCCUCAAUCGAUCUGAGCUCACCGCUGGGUUAUUGUUCUCCGGAGAAGGGAAGGUGUUGGUACGCAGUGCUACGCUUGGUCUGGUCUCAGCGGCAUUAAAGAGGCUUACUCGGAAUCAUGUCAAGGACAACACAGCCUUGAAUGUUGUUGCUGGACAUCUACCGGACAUGCAGAGCAUCCUCAAUGCCAAGCCGGGGACUACUUCAACUAGCGCUCCUUAUUACUUGGCCUGGUCUCAGUGCAUUUGCGCCUAUCAGACCGCCUUACCUGGUAGGUUCCUCCAAUGUAAGUUCGACUGGGGUAGAGCUCUCAUGGAGUGCCGUGAGCCUGUGCAGAGAGCAGUGCUCCUCCCAAUGACCGUACGAGUCCUCGCUGGCUUCCCUCUAGGGAAGAGCAAACUCUCCUGGAUGAGACACUUGGUUGAUACUGCGGCGGAAGAAGAGUUCUGUCAGAGUCUCUUUGAUACUGGUCACUUCACGACCUACGAGGAGGCUAGACUGUGGGGAACCUUACCUUCUAGGGAAGAGAAGCUUUGGGUCGUUGCUGUCUUGCAAGAACUGGCACAGCAUCCACUACUGCCUGUUGGCACAUGGGUAUCAGACUUCGUAAAACAGGCCCUCACUGGCAGGCCCCAACCUCCUGGGCAUAGCUGUUGUGUUACUGACGUUGUUUUAAGACUCGCUCGAUCGAGCGAUGCCUCUGUAGAAGACUGGGAGCACCUCGUCGGGAAAUGUGAUAACCAGAGCGACCUGUUGAAGGAGUUGCGUCUGUCGCAGAGCCCAAAGGAGGACAGCCCUACUACCGGCUCAUCCUCGGAGGGCGGCCCCUUGGCUACUUUGCUCGCCCGUCCGUUGAACCACCAACUUGAUUUGACGCCUGCUGCGAAAACGCCAACACUAGUGGCUGCCGUAGUCGACGAGUUAGCCUAUGAAGGGCAGUUUAAGGCCGCCCUUGAGGUUCUGCUCACUUCCGUUCCUGCUAGUCGGGAGGAGGUUCCUGGCCUCGACCGAGUCCUCAGUAAGAACGCCUCCUUAUUAGCUGCCAUUGCCAGCAUCGCCUCUGACACCUUCCGCCAUAGUCUGCUCUGGCUGCUGACACCGAGGGUCCUAGUACAAGUCUGUCAGUACCGGCAGGAGAUUGCUGUAGAGACAGCCGACUACCUCCAACAUAAGCCGAGGAAGCUGAGGAGGAAGUGGGGUGAUAGGCGCUUCCAGCGCUGUGUCCUAGCCGCUUGCUGUGCUCUAGUCGUUCAUGACAAACCCGAGAGGGCCUCCCUUCUGGCUGAGGAAUUCGGUCCUGUAUCGGCAGAGCUUGACAAAAUUCCCCAAGGUGUACUGCCGCAACUACCACAGGGGCUGUUGGACCUGAGCUCUCUGGAUACUGCUACUGUCUUAUCCAAGGGUGACGCUACCCUCAACCAGUGGUGGGUGGAUAUGGGACGUUUAGACCUUCUUGACGAGGCCUUGGAUGAGGACACGCUCCAGAGUGUUCUCAAGACUACGACAGUUCCCGAGGCAGUUUUGGACGAGUUUGUGAAAUCCGAUCGGGUUUCUGCGUCCACAGUUGUUGCUGUUGCUAGCCAGUUAGCUCGACAAGAGGCGGUCAAGGACAGCGUUAGCCAACACUGGUAUGAGAAGGUCAUACCUUCCCUGUCGGACGAGACGCUCCGUGAUGAAGCCUCUGUCCUUCUCGCUGUCCCGUACACACCCUGUGAGGAGUACUCACACCUACUACAGCGGCUGGUCAGCCUGUGGGGCAUGAGCCGCUCAGAUAACGACGAGGCUCUACUGAAAGUGAUACUGGAAAUGGCCUGCCUCCAUGAGCUCUCUCGGAAGGCUGAGUAUCGACCUGAUUCCCGGAUACCUCGGGCUAUUGCUAAGGAGUGUCACAGGCUUCCUGUACCCGACAUCUUAUUGGAUAACAACCUCUCCAUAGCGAGCUCCGUUCGCUCUGAGUCACUCGACAUAGAUGCCUUCACGGUUUUCACCGCUGGUCGCCUGAGGAGAGCCGAAGCGACAACCACAGACGAGGACUGGCAAAACUAUACACCAGCGGCUGAGCUUGAUUCUCUUGUCACUGAGAUCUGCUCUGGCGGCCGGGCUUUGGGCGCAUUGGUGUUGGCCACGUCGAGCAGAGACAAGAUCGUGAGAGAUCUCUCCCGUGGUUCUCUUGGGAGGGUAGUCGGCUGCCUCGAACUGAAGGUCCAAGGUCGAGAUCAAAGUGGGAUACGCCUCGGGUUCAGAGAUGCCCACGAGGUGCUCUUCCUCCUGCAUGCCUUUCUCAAUGCACUGCCGGAGUCGACGGACGAACCUUCGCCGUCAGUAUUAGCCCAUGCUGUGGCGCAGAUGGCCGCAGUUGUGGUACGCCCGGAGUCGCCAGAGUACGAGGAGGUGUGCCAUGGCAUUUUGGCUAGGCCCUCCCUUGACACAGCAGACAUACCCCUCUGGUUCGACUUGUUCUACUCGAAAAGUGUCAGUAACUGCACCCACCAUAGACGGUGGAUCCUGCAGGUCCUCUCCACAGCGACGCAUCCGGACUACAUAACACCAGAUACCGUGACCGGUCCACUAGGGAAACGUCGAGUCCCGGAGGCCCUUAUGGCUCUCACGGCCGACGUGACACAAACGGAUGUCCAAUUGGAGUGCCAUGCCCUCGACAUCUUACUCAACAUUACAACAUUUUACUCCUCGAGGCCUGGGGCCUUAGUGAAGUUCGUGAAGAACCAUGCUGUGGUCGAGUGGUGCUACAACUUGCUCCGAGACAAGGCCCAUGUAUCUAACGUGCGUUCUCGAGCGUUGAAGAUUGCUGACAUUCUGCUAUCGCGAUUACCGAUACACCCCACUCUGGUCGGGCUGCUCGACCUCUACUUCGGUCUGGGCGAUGCUCAAUCGCUACGUGCUCUCGCUUCUACUACGUUGCCUCGGUACAUUCGUUGGGCCCCGUCGAGCCUCAUGCGAAAACUAGAGGGUGUGGAACUCAGUCCGACCUGCGUCCUGCGUAUACUAAGCCAGAGGCCUAGUGAUGAAUGCUUGCUGUCGACAGCCGUAGCGUCCAUGAAAUCUCUACCUGCCAUCACACCACCAGAUAUCGUCAAGGACUUGGAGGCUGCGCUGUUGUCAGUGAGCGAAUACUGCCCGCCUCAAGCCAUUGCCUUCGCCCGGAUGGCCUCACGCUGCACUGGCUUGACGUGGAAGUCACGUAUAGCCAUCAUUUCCAUCCUGUUACAUGGCAAUAGAAAAGCGCUGAUGAAGCUUCCUUGCGAAGCGUUAGAGGCGAUGAGUCGACUACCCGCAGUCGAAGACCUUUCCGCGUGGUCGGAUGAUGUACCAGACGAGAUUGUCGAAGACUCGGAAACACUCCUGCGGAUGACGAUGUGCUGUGUAUAACUAACGUAACUAACAACGUACUUCAACUUGCCCA